AUGGGCAGGGAGCGGCCCGGCCGCGGCGCGCGGAGCCAAGGGGGACCGCCAGCCGCCGACGCCGCGGGGCCCGACGACAUGGGGCCGAAGAGGGGCGCGGGGGCCCCCAAGGAGAGCGGGGAGGAGGAGGCCCGGACGUGCUGCGGCUGCCGGUUCCCGCUGCUGCUCGCGCUGCUGCAGCUGGCGCUGGGCAUCGCCGUGACCGUGGUGGGCUUCCUCAUGGCCGGCAUCAGCUCCUCCCUGCUAGUCAGAGACACUCCAUUUUGGGCUGGGAUCAUUGUCUGCUUAGUGGCCUAUCUCGGUUUGUUUAUGCUUUGCGUCUCCUAUCAAGUUGAUGAACGGACAUGUAUCCAGUUUGCCAUGAAACUCUCGUACUUUGUCCUGAGUGCCCUUGGCCUGACGGUCUGCGUGUUGGCCGUGGCGUUCGCCGCUCACCACUAUGCCCAGCUCGCACAGUUUACCUGCGGAACCGCGUUCGACUCCUGCCAGUGCAGACUGCCCUCCUCCGAGCCCCUCAGCAGGACCUUCGUGUACCGGGAUGUGACUGACUGUACCAGCAUCACUGGCACUUUCAAACUGUUCCUCCUCAUCCAGAUGAUUCUGAACUUGGUCUGUGGCUUGGUGUGCUUGUUGGCCUGCUUUGUGAUGUGGAAACACAGGUACCAGGUCUUUUAUGUGGGUGUCAGGAUGUGCUCCGGGACAGCUUCCGAAGGUCAGCAGCAAAAGGUCUAA